AUGUCGAAUAGAGAGAUCAAGAGCAUACUCUCCAAAACAGUGAAUGCUAAUCGGACCGAUUGGUCGAAGAAAUUGAAUGAUUCUCUAUGGGCUUAUGGAAUGGCUUACAAGACACCAAUUGGCAUGUCUCCUUAUCAAUUGGUGUUUGGCAAAGCUUGUCAUCUUCUGGUGGAACUUGAACAUAAGGCUUUGUUAGCCUCGAAAAAGUUGAAUCUAGAAUGGGGUGAUGCCUCAAACUUGAGAAUGGAACAACUUAAUGAGCUGGAUGAAUUCCAAUUAAGAGCUUAUGCUAGCACUUCACUCUACAUGGCCCGGAUGAAGCACAUCCAUGAUAAGAAGAUCUUGCAAAGAGAAUUUAGCCCUGGGGAUCAUGUAUUAUUGUUCAAUUCAAGGCUCCAGUUGUUUCCUGGAAAGUUAAAAUCCAAGUGGUUCGGUCCCUUUGAGGUAACACAAUAUUCCCGCAUGGAGCGAUUAGAAUUGCUUAUCCAAAUAGAGAUUAUAUCAAAGUGA